UGACAGCGCUCUACCGCGCUACAUGCACAGCUGCUUUAGCGGGAAACCGGUUGUCUUGUCUUCGGCCUUCAAAGCGUCCCUUAUUACGGCCAUCAUUACCAAACUAUAACUGUAUUAGGGCCAGCAUGUACCAUUGUGCUUGAAACAACCCGAGGGCGUUGUCGUUCUCGAACGCGCGCUCUACUGUCAGCUAGGGUAGCUAAGGAAUACGUUGAGCUUCACGCUCUAAAAAGAAAAAGGAGAAAAAACACGUACGAACCGGAGUCGUACAAAAGGCUUUCCCUCUGGCCGUCCUGUCAACAUGAGCCAAUUCAACUUCGAACGUUUCCGUUUUCAAAGAGCGUCAACGUGUAAAGUGAAUUCCGAGUCUGAGAAGGAGAACAAGCCGGCUCAAAUGAGAUCCACUAAAUCCCAUUCAGCAAAGUCGUAUGCCCGAGGAGUCCUUUUUGAAGACGUCGAUGAUGAUGAUGAAGAGCCAGUGAGGAAAGUCUCCUUUUUAAGGAAAUCCAGAGAUCCUGUUGUCAAAACAUCUACAAAUGUCACCAACGAUGAAAACAGUCAAAAAGAGUCCAAACUCUCAGAGAUGUUCCCUCAGUUGUCAAGGGAAAAGAUCUCAGAGAUCGUCGGGAGUACGAGUACACUGGAUGGAGCUGUUGCCACGUGUCUGCUGAUUCCUGAUGAUGAAGCAGACAAAGAUUAUGUCAAGACGAGAAGGCAGGAUGUAUCUGACAGCUCGCUGGAGAGCGGGGAGUCUCAACCCUACAAAAGGAGGAAUCACUCAGGGGUUGUUGGAAGUCCAAGCACUCAUCAUGGAAGUGUUGGUUGUGUGGUGAUUUCUGAGGAUGACGACACAAAUUAUGUUAGUAAGAGAAAGCAAAAUGAUUCAGACACGUCACUGCAAAGUGGUGAAACUCAACCCUACAAAAGGAACAAGCAAUCAGAGAUGUCUGAAGAUGAAGUUGAAUACGUUGACGAUAAUCAGGAUGAUAGCGACGAACCAAGUUGGGAGAAGCGGGAGGUGAUGGUCAAAAAGCUACAAAGGAAGUUCCCCAAUCAGGACAAGGAGGAGCUGCGGUCGGUGCUUGAGGAACACGAGUGGGAUGUGGAUGAGGCUCUGCAUGCCCUCCUUUGCUUUGCCAGCCCAGAUGACACCCAACAUUCCCUCGAGAAAUCCAACCACGCCAAGAGCAAAGAGAAGGAAGUUAAGCGUCUUGGAUCUUGUGAGAAGAAAAUGGAUGACAAGGAAUCCCAUUCGUUGCAUUCGAGUGCUACAGACGACAGUUCAAACGCUACAGUGGACAGCGAUGAUUUUUCAGAUGAAAAGCCAAUCAAACAUUCCAACUUCACCCUCUCCUCAUGGGUUACAAAAGACUUGAUCCCCUCUGUCAAGAAAACUACUCCUUGUCAGAAGCCCACCUCCUCGUCAAAGUCCGCCAUACAGAUGGUGUCUAGGUUUGCAAGCGGGACCAGUCUGGCCAAAGCGCAGGCGGAAGAGAGAAAGCGUAAAGCCCGCGCCGCUAAAGAGCAGCUGAGCUCUGACGAUUACGAGGACGACAGUGACAAGGAUACGGAGAGCAGCGACUCUGACAAUUACAGUGACGCGUUUGCAAGCAAGGGAAGCAUAAAUGAAGAGAUCCUCAAGUUCUUUCAGGAGGCUACCCUCGAUGAGUUGGCACUCAUUUCUGGGUGUUCUGUUAAAAAAGCCAACAAGAUCAUAGAGCUGCGACCCUUUAAAGACUGGCUGAACCUGACCAGAAGAAUCCAGAAAGCCAACGGGCUGUCAGAGGACCUGCUCCUCGGCUGCAAAACUGUUCUAAAGGAGCGCACCAUUAUUCGGGAACUCAUGUCCAAAUGUGAAACCAUUUCCACCAAGAUGGUCAAACAGGUCACAAAGGUGAUGAGGGCUGGCUCAGAGACACUGCAACAGACCAGCCUGCUCAACAGACAGCUCCAGCUGAAAUCCUAUCAGGUUAUCGGUCUGAAAUGGCUGCUGCUCCUCCACGAGCACAAGCUGAGCGGUAUCCUCGCCGAUGAGAUGGGUUUGGGGAAAACCAUCCAGACUAUUGCCUUCUUGGCGCAUUUAUUACAGAAUGGAAUAGUGGGUCCUCACCUCAUCACUGUGCCAGCAUCUACAUUUGAUAACUGGGCCAGAGAACUUGAAAUGUGGUGUCCUAGUCUGAAAGUCCUACCUUAUUAUGGUUCUGUGGAAGAUCGCCACUACCUCAAGCACAAUAUCCUCAACAAGGACGUAGAAUUUAAUGUUAUCCUCACCACGUACAGCUUUGUCAUUGGAAACAAAAGUGACCGCAGUCUGUUCCGCAAGCUCCGUCUUACGUAUGCAAUCUUUGACGAGGGUCACAUGCUGAAGAACAUGAACACGUUGCGCUACCGCAAUCUCAUGUCUAUCAAUGCAAAGCAUCGCUUACUGCUCACUGGCACGCCAUUGCAAAACAACCUCCUCGAGCUGAUGUCACUCCUUAACUUCAUCAUGCCGACCAUGUUCUCUAGCUCCACCACGCAGCUCUACAGGAUGUUUUCUAUGAAGGCCCAGGAGGAGCAGAGUCAUUUUGAGAAGAAGCGCAUCUCUCAGGCCAGACGUAUUAUGAAACCUUUCAUCCUUCGAAGACUUAAGAAUGAAGUCCUCAAGCAACUACCUGAUAAGGAAGAGAUGUUGGAGUUCUGCUCCAUGAGUGAAAAGCAGCAGGUUCUCUACCAGACGCUCUUGAAAAAAAUGAAAGCUUCAACCACUGGCGAGAAGCAGGAGUUGUGUAAUGUCAUGAUGCAAUUAAGAAAGAUGGCCAACCACCCCCUGCUUCAUCGACAGUACUAUACUACAGAGAAGCUAUCAGCCAUGAGCAAACUCAUGCUUAAGGAGCCGACUCACCACGAUGCAAAUGCUGCGCUGAUCCAGGAGGACAUGGAGGUGAUGUCUGAUUUUGAGCUGCAUAAUUUGUGUCAGCAAUACACGUCCAUCAGCUCCUAUCAGCUGGACAACAAUCUGCUCCUCGACUCUGGGAAAUUCCAUUGGCUCACACAGAAGCUGGCAUCACUCAAAGAAAAGGGAGACAGAGUUGUUCUAUUCAGUCAGUUCGUCGUAAUGCUGGACAUCAUUGAGAUACUGAUGAAACACCUGAACCAUCGUUACAUCCGAAUGGAUGGCUCCACGCCAAUAGCAAACAGAAUUGUGCUAAUCGAUGAGUUCAACACCGACGACGAUAUAUUUGUGUUCCUCCUUUCCACCCGCGCCGGUGGCCUUGGCAUCAACCUCACUUCCGCUAACGUGGUCAUCCUGCACGACAUCGACUGGAACCCUUACAACGACAAGCAGGCCGAGGACCGCUGUCACCGAUUGGGUCAGACUAGGACUGUGCAUGUCAUAAAGCUAAUCAGUAAAGAUAGCAUUGAGGAGGGCAUACUGAAGCUGAGCCAGAAGAAACUCAAACUGGAGCAUGACAUGACAACUGCUGAGCAGAGUGAUGAGGGGACUUUACCUGAAGAUAUGGCAUCUUUGCUCAAAGCCUCACUGGGGUUAUGAUAUUCAGUCACAUCAAAGUUGAGGUACAGUAUUUUACUUACCUCACUGAUCCUGGGCAUGCUUGAGUUUUCAAUGAACAGGCACUGGCGCACAUUCCAAAACCAUCUGCUGACCAUUAUUUAAUUCUUGUUUUAAAUAUAAUCCUGGUUUUGAUUUCCUCUGUGGACUGAUAUCUGUGCCUAAAGCAUAUUUAAUGAAUAAUUUACAAUGAACAUAUGCAGUGAAGACUAAACUGUUAUUGUGCCUUUUUGAUAUCGUGGACUCUUGAGGUCACAGCAACCUGACCUUUGCGAGAAGGCACCAUCUAUCUUGAUAUAUUAUUUGACAUUGCACUUAACUAUAUCAUCAUCAUUCAAGCAGAUAUUGCACUUCACUACAAUGUCUAAAUCUCAUUUUAAAAUGCCGCUGUGGCUGUUGUAACCAUAAACAUUGGAAUUCCAUUUAUUAUUGAUUUUGUUAGUCACUCAAGUAUCUGCAAAAGGAAAAUCAGGAUUUUUUCCAUCAAGUGCCAUUCCUUAAUUGAAAAGUGCUAAAGUAGACCCAAUGGAUCAGACGUUAGGAAUGUUAGUUUCUUUGUUGUUGUUGUUGAAGAUUCUUCUAAGCAGCUGUUACAGCUUAUAUUUGUGUUCGUGUUACCUUUUACUGCAUUUGAAAUGUUUUUGUGAUUCAGAUGCACAUUUGUAUGUUCUUUUUAUGUUAGAUGAAUUUACUACCUUUCAUAAAUAAAACAAUGUUCAAGCAAA